AAAGAUUUUAAUACUGUGUUUGAUGUUGACAGGUUAUCCUUCAUAAAGGAUGUACGAGUAAAGCUAGUCCUAAAGGAGAACGCAGUUCCCAUUUUCCAUGCCCCUUACCGAAUUCCCUACUCAAUUAAGGAAGCUGUGGAGAUGGAAUUGAAGGAGAUGUUGGAAUCUGGAGUUUUGGAGAAAACCAAGUAUUCUGAAUGGGCGAGUCCAAUUGUGGUAGUCCCGAGGAAAUCGAGUAAGAAAAUAAGAAUUUGUGUCGACUUUAAAGUAACCUUAAAUCCUAAUUUAAAAACGGAGCAUUAUCCUUUACCAUUAUGUGAGGAUAUUUUUAAUACAGUAUCCAAAGGCAAAUACUUUACUACAUUAGAUUUGUCGAAUGCAUACCUGCAGCUGCAAGUCAGUCCGGAAAGUAGAGAAUUGCUUACUAUAAAUACCCAUUUGGGUUUAUUUCGAUUUACCAGAUUACCGUUUGGAAUUACGUCUGCACCAGCUAUUUUUCAGUCAGUAAUGGACAAUAUUUUAAAAGAUAUUCCAUCAUGCGCGUGCUACAUUGAUGAUAUCAUCAUAUCGGGUCAAACAAUUGAUGAAUGCAGGGACAAUGUCAGGAAAGUACUUGAAAAAUUGCAGUUACAUAAUGUCAAGGUUAAUUUGAGUAAAUGUCAUUUCUUUCAAGAAAGCAUUGAGUGUCUUGGUCAUGUAAUCGAUGGAAACGGUAUACGUCCGAUGAAGGCAAAAAUUGAUGAAAUUUGUUCGAAAAAACCACCUACGGAUUUAACUCAACUGAAAUCAUUUCUUGGAUUACUCAAUUAUUAUAAUAAAUUUUUACCUAUGGCCUCAAGCGAACUAAAAUUAUUGUAUGACUUAGAAAGGAAAAAUAUUCCCUUUGUUUGGACUAACGAACACCAACGAGUGUUUGAAAAAUGUAAAAAUAUGAUUGUAAAUAGUAACUUUUUAGUGCAUUAUGAUGUCAAGAAACCCAUAGUAAUUGCAGUGGAUGCUUCACAGUAUGGAGUAGGAGCUGUAAUGUCUCACCUAAGUGAUGGCGUCGAGCAUCCAAUAAUGUUUGCAUCUAGUACCUUAAGUAAUAGAGAGAAAAAUUAUGCACAAAUCCAAAAAGAAGCCUUGGCGAUAAUGUUUGCUGUUAGGAAAUUCCAUAAGUAUAUUUAUGGACGGAAAUUCACGCUAAUUACCGAUCACCUACCACUAAGAACAAUAUUAAAUGUCAAGACGGGUAUUCCAACGUUGGCCGCGUCAAGAUUACAAAGAUGGGCGUUAGAAUUAUCCGCAUAUGACUACGAAAUCAAAUACAAAAAAGAAUAUACCAAAAAAGGAUGGCCAGAUAAAUUACCAGAUUUAGGAUUGAAGGAUUAUUUUUCAAAACGUCAUGAGUUAAAUAUUGAAAAUGAAUGUUUAUUAUGGGGAAAUCGUCUUGUUAUUCCAUUUGAUCUUCGAGAAAAGGUGUUGGAAAUACUUCAUAGCCAACAUAUAGGAAUUGCAAGGAUGAAAAUGCUUGCAAGAAGCGAAGUAUGGUGGCCUAGUAUGGACCUACAUAUUGAAGAACAUGUUAAACGAUGCGAAAUGUGUCAACUACAUCAAAACAAACCCAUUGAUGUACCGUACACACCGUGGUCGAAAACAUCUAAAUCCUGGAAGAGAUUACACAUUGACUUCUUACAAUUUAAGCAAUAUCAUUUCUUAAUUGUUGUGGAUAGUCAUAGUAAAUGGUUAGACAUCUAUUUAAUGAAACAUGGAACGGAUUCUUCAAAAACGAUUGAAAAAUUGCGUCAAAGUUUUUUGCAUUUUGGAAUUCCAGAAGAGAUUGUUUCAGAUAAUGGUCCUCCAUUUUCAGGAGAAGAAUACAAGAAAUUUUGUUCAUCCAAUGGAAUAAACUGUUUGCUAACUCCACCACUACAUGCGUGUUCGAAUGGCUUAGCUGAAAAAAAUGUGCAAACAGUCAAACAAGCGUUACGGAAGUCCUUAUUAAACCCGAACAACAGUACGAAAUCAAUUCAAUUAAUUUUGGACAACUUCAUAUUUAAGCAUAGGAAUACACCAUCAGUAUCAACCGGAAUUAGCCCAGCAUCCAUUAUGUUAAAGCAACAGCCGAGAACAAAAUUGACAAUGUUAAAAACAAAAUUAUCAAGUACACUGAAAGAGAGGGAAGAGAAAGUAAAGAUUUAUGAAGAUAGGAGAAGAACUAAGUUGCGAGAAUUUGUUGAAAAUGAAAAAGUGUUAGCCUAUAUUAUUCAAGGGAGGAAGCCUGUGUGGAUGGAAGGAGUAGUUAUGCAGCGAGUCAGUGCAGUUACAUAUCUAAUUAAAUUAAACGGGAAUAUAAGACUAAUGCACGCUGAUCAUUUGAAGAAAUCGUACAUAUCAGAAAACAUUACGUUGCCUUAUGAAGACUUACCAGACAUCCUAAUACCUACCGCACAAGAGAAGCCAUCAGAACCAUUGAUCGCACAACCAUCUACGUCUGUACCUAAACCCACUGUACAACCUUCGCUACCCUUAUCACAUCCUGUCCCACUGCGUAGAUCAGCUCGAGAAAUAAAAGCUCCCUCAAAGUUAAAUUUGUAAUGUAGAUGUUUUGUCUUAUUUUUAGAAGGGAGAAAUGCUGUAUAGUAGCGACACCCGGCAACGCCGCAAAGUGAGUGACAACCUCGACAGAGCGGAAAAAUGUAAGGU